AUGAAGCUAUCUCGCAUCCUCUUCGUUGUCUUGGGUGCCUUGACGACCAACGUUCAGACUGGACCUGGACACGCAUUGCCGCUUGCGUCCGACUUCAGAGAGACUUCUCUGUCAAGCUCCACGCCCAGGAAGAUUUUCCAGAAAGCCUGCGACGUGUAUGACAACACUAUCGAGACAAAGGAAUCGAUCUUCGACGGCCGGGUUCCCGAUACAAGCACUGAACACGCAGUCCAAAACAGUCUCAACUUGAGGAUCGGAUGGACGCCUUCAAGACGAAGUUGUUCGGAAUCCGUUGAUCGCUUGUCCAACGCGCAAUUCAAGAUUGCCAAUGCCGACCCGUGGAACGGCCCGGCAAAAGCGUCCACAAGCGUAUCCUCCAUCGGCCUUUUUCUGUCCUUCGUUGGCUUUCUUCUAUCAUUCUUCACCUUCUUGAAGGACCGCAUUAUGAAGCCCACUAGUCGGUUGACAUGGAUUGGACGACUUGCGGGCUGGGAGAACAACACCGCCAAGUUCGACGGCCUGGAGAGAAGACUCGUGGCUUUGGAGAAUCUCGCAGGCAUUCCCGCGCCCAACACGCCCCCGCCUCAAGGCUUACCUGUCGCCACACCCAACUUGGUUACUUGUGUGAUCAAUUUGCUUGGUCGUACAGAGCGUAUCGAAGGAGCAAUGAGGGAUCACGUCGGCUAUGUUCUGGACAAUUUGCCAGCCGUCGGUGACUCCCUCCUAACUCGCGUCAACGCAUGUGACACCAACCACAACAAUUUCCGAGCGAGUGUGGACAGCCUCAGGGCCAACGUCACUACCCUAGACAAGGGGUUCACGGCUCAGCUUCACUCGACUGGUACAGAUAUAACAACCCUACAGGCGAAUUUGGCCAACCUGACAUCCAACGUCACUGCCCCCCAGACUGGACUGGGUGAUCAGCUUCGCUCAGCUGUCAACAAUAUCACUACAGUUGAGGCGAACUUGGCCAAUCUGACAUCUAACGUCACUGCCCCCCAGACUGGAUUGGGUGAUCAGCUUCGCUCAGCUGUCAAUAACAUCACCACAGUACAGGUAGGUGUGGCUGGGCUGAUGAACGACAUUACUACUACAGGCACGGGCUUGAAGGCUCGGCUUUCCUCGGCUGAGAGUCGAGUUGAAAGUAUGGGCAAUAGUAUUACUGUCAUCCAAGAGAGUGUGAAGAGCCUGAGCGACAAUAUCACUGAUCCAAAGACCGGCCUGACUCACCAGGUUGAAGAACUCAACACGGAUUUCAGAAAGCACCAGACUCAGACGAGUGCCCACAUGUAA